UCCAUUUUCGGAGUCAGUGAGCAGCCGACGGUGCCGAAAGAGCGAGGUUAAUGGCGGAAACCGGAGGCGGGAUCGAGGUGACGGGCAUGCAGUUCGCCUACGAUGGCCGGCAACGGAUUUUCGCUCGCUUUAGCCUCGAGGUCUCUCCCGGUUCUCGUUGCCUGCUCAUCGGAGCUAAUGGAUCUGGCAAGACUACUUUGCUAAGGAUUUUGGCAGGAAAGCACAUGGUAGGAGGAAGGAAUGUAGUCCGAGUCCUUAAUUGUUCCGCUUUUCAUGAUACACACCUUGUUUGUAGUGGAGACCUUGCUUACUUAGGAGAAUCUUGGAGCAAAACUGUUGGUUCCGUUGGCGAUGUUCCACUCCAAGGUGAUUUCUCAGCGGAGCACAUGAUAUUUGGAGUUGAAGGAGCUGAUCCUCUUAGGAGAGAGAAACUGAUUGACCUGCUUGAUAUUAAUCUACAAUGGAGGAUGCAUAAAGUUUCAGAUGGCCAGCGCCGUCGUGUCCAAAUUUGCAUGGGUCUUCUCCGUCCAUAUAAGGUAUUAUUGCUUGAUGAAGUGACAGUCGACCUCGAUGUUGUCACGAGAAUGGAUUUGCUUGAUUUUUUCAAGGAAGAGUGCGAACAGAGAGGAGCUACAAUUGUUUAUGCCACCCAUAUAUUUGAUGGCUUGGAGACAUGGGCUACAGAUUUAGCCUAUAUCCAAGAAGGGGAGUUGAAAAGAUUAGCAAAACUAGCUGAAAUCAAAGAGCUUAAAGAAGCCAAAAACUUACUCUCUGUUGUCGAAUCAUGGCUUCGGUCUGAGACCAAGCUGCCCAAGAAAGAACCUUUUCUUUCCCCUGCACAGACUACUGUGUCUUCUCCCUUUGAUGCGUCUCCCUUCAGAUCUUCAAGGCAUAUGGCAUACUACCGUUGAAUUUAAUUUAGGGGCAUUGACCUACACACCUCACAAAUCUUAUGUAUCUACAUAUCGAACUCUUAAAAUUUUCAUAUUUACGUGUGAAACACUCAAA